UAUCCCAUUCACAAUAUCCAAACAUAAAAAAUUCGACGGCGGAGGAGAUCGAAUGGGGAUGGAGCCAAAGAGAUUGGGCCUGCCAACGACGAGAUCCGGAUCUCGCCGGCGGAAGAUUCAGAAGACUUUCAAUAACGUCAAGAUCACCAUCCUCUGUGGUCUCGUCACUAUCCUUGUCCUACGCGGUACAAUCGGCGUGGGUAACUUCGCCGGCGUUGGCGAAGGUGAGUCUGACGAGAAGGUAGCCGAGGACAUUGAGCGCAUCCUCCGCGAGAUUCGCUCUGAUUCUGAUCCCGAUGAAGAUGACAUCCCUCAGUUCUCCGACUCUGUUGCCUCCACAGGCAACAUUACAACUGCUGACAACGUGACGCUGUCCGGAGCGAACGCAGCAGCUUAUGCGAUAGGAAAGAGGUACACGCUCGGCCCUAAGAUCUCGGACUGGGAGCAACAGCGAGAGCGCUGGCUGAGCCAGAAUCCCGGUUUCCCCAGCCAAAUCGCUGGCGGAAAGCCGAAGAUAUUGCUGGUCACUGGAUCGCCCCCCACUCCUUGUGAUAACCCGAUUGGCGACCAUUAUCUACUUAAGGCUACUAAGAAUAAGAUCGACUACUGCCGCCUUCACGGGAUUGAGAUUGUGUACAACAUGGCUCAUCUUGAUCGGGAGUUGGCUGGAUACUGGGCAAAGCUGCCCCUUUUACGACGCUUGAUGAUUUCUCAUCCAGAGGUGGAGUGGAUCUGGUGGAUGGACAGCGACGCACUCUUCACCGACAUGGAAUUCGAGAUUCCUAUCAGCAAAUACAAGGGAUAUAAUCUUGUCAUUCAUGGCUACCCGGAUCUCCUCUUCGACCAGCAUUCCUGGAUUGCGCUAAACACUGGGAGUUUCCUUUUCCGGAACUGUCAGUGGUCGCUGGAUUUGCUUGAUGCUUGGGCUCCAAUGGGGCCAAAGGGUCCUGUGAGGGAUGAGGCUGGUCGUCUUCUUACUGCUAAUUUGAAAGGGAGGCCAGCAUUUGAGGCCGAUGACCAGUCUGCACUCAUAUACCUUCUCCUUUCUCAGGAAGACAAGUGGGGGGAUAAAGUUUACGUUGAGAAUUCCUACUACCUCCAUGGAUUCUGGGCGGGACUGGUGGAUAAAUACGAGGAGAUGAUGGAGAAACACCACCCUGGUUUGGGCGAUGAAAGGUGGCCUUUUGUUACUCAUUUUGUUGGAUGCAAGCCCUGCGGCAGCUAUGGGGAUUAUCCAGUUGAGAGAUGCAUCAGUAGCAUGGAAAGGGCGUUCAAUUUUGCAGAUAACCAAGUUCUAAGAAUUUAUGGUUUUGCACAUAGAAGGCUGUCAAGUCCGAGGAUUAGGAGGAUCAGAAAUGAGUCAGUAACUCCUUUGGAUGUCAAGGGGCGGAUAAAUCGCCAGGACAGGAAAAUCAGCAGGUGAUCAUGUUAGGUAGGUUAUGAUCGAAUUCCACUGCCAUGGAGAGCUUAGGUUUUUCUCUGGGGGAGGUUUAAGAGCUCUCUCGAUUGCAAAGCCAGAUAGCUUGGAAAUGAGACUGAGAUUUUAAGCUCGUGCUUCCUCCAACCUUUGUGCAUUAAAUCAAACAACAUCUGAGAAGAAAGGACAUAAGAAGUGGAGGCAGCGAGAGUAGACAAUAAUAGUGUUUUCAUAGCAAGCUGGUUUGGAAUUACAAGUGAUGGUGAGACGUCUGGAGAUUGUUGCAUUAGGAGGGAAGGGCUUGUUAUUAUUGCAUUAAAAUAAUUAGAGGCAACUGACUGUAAAAGUGGGGCUAUUUGUUUUUUUACUUGGAUACCUAUUUAUGUAAGGAUCUUUAUAAAAGAUUAUUGUAUAUGAGGAUCCAAGUAGAAGGAAAUGCUGACUUGUAUGAAAAGAGGUUUGAAUCUUAAAGACCUAAA